GUAAGGAAGGAACCUUAAUAGAUGCUACCAAACUCCUAGACUGAUUUUUGGGUUUAUGUUUUGGUCCCUAGAUGGCCGCUGCCGCAGGACGGCGCGACAACGACGACGAUGGGAGGAAUGACAUUCAAGAACUGGCACGGGUCAUUCGACAGUCGCAGCGAGAGCCCUACCCUAAGAUUGAUGUUCCGUUGUUCGGCGGGAAUCAUGCCUCUUCUUGGGCAGAUAAGUUCAAGCAAUUGGGGUAUAGCAACGAAUGGACAAAUGAGAAGAUGCUUCGCAUGGUUAAAAGAUACUGUCAGGUGGGGUACCGGGACGAGAUCGAUGAGAUGGUGCGAAUCUCUCAUGAUUGGUCAGAUUUUAAGGCGCGGUGGUUGGAGAAGUAUCAGCUCAGCGAUCGGUUGCUCGACCUGCAGGAUUUGAGGGCGGUGGAUCGUAAAAAGUUUGGUGCAACCAAACAAUUCUUGUCGGAGUUUGAGCGUGUGGCUCGCCUAAUCCCGGAUUUGUCCAACAAAGAUCGCUGCCUCAUCUUCCUUGAUAACUUCAACGACGUCGAACAGUCGAAAUUGGUUGAAGGGAUGCAAGGGAGGUAUGACUGGACUAAGGUCCGACAGAAUACGCUGGUGGGGAAGUUCGACGAUAUGCUCUACCGGCUUUUGAGGCGGCAAAAGGAGGAGCGAAAAAAGGUGAAGCUGGGAGAAGUAAAGGACGGUGAAAUUUACAAAACUUUGACUUGCAUGAGAGAAAUGAUGGAGGGCAUGAAGGAGGAAAGGCUGAAGUUUCAAGUCAUGUUGGCCAAAGAAAAAAAUAGUAAGAGGAAUGGGAAAGAGCCGGCGGAAGAAGAAAGCGACAGUGAGAGCGAGGAGGAAAAGGAGCCGCCUCGCAAGUUGACAAAGGCGGAGAGGAAGGUCUUGAAUCAAAUUCGAGGCGGACAGGGGACCUCCGAUAAACAGGGGAAGAAUAGUGGACAGAAUAAUCAAGGAGGGAAUGGCAAUGUUGGCGCUGGUUUGUCAGGACAAAGUUCCCAAGAUCAAGGGCAGUUUCAGCCGCAGGGUGGAAGAGGCCGCGGUCGAGGCUGUGGGAAUGGACAGCGAAGCCGUUGGGCAUGGCAGCAGGAAGCCACAUGUAACUAUUGCGCAGAAAAGGGCCAUAUUAUGCGGUUUUGCCAACUCCUUUCAAAAGAUGAGAAGGAAGGGAUAGUCUUCACCACUAUACGUGGUGAAAUCUUUGAUUACGAAGGGAAUUCGAUCGACCCCAACAUUGAAGGGGGUAUGAGGAAGGAGGCGUAUCGCCGAAUGGGUCGUCCGCUACCGGCAACGUUCCGGAUUGCUUCUCCUGAAGAAGCACGGUUGGCUGAGGUUGAGGAGGCCAUGGCGUCGUUACGUAUUGGCGAUUCGCCGGUGGAACCAGAAGGGUUUAGGGAACAAGUGGUGGAACGAGCGCAAACCAUCAUUAGGCGGUUUGCCCGAUGCCAGGACUCUAUCAUCCGACUUUAUGUGGACAUGGAGGAAGUCUGGCCUGGAUUGCCGAAUGUCUUUCUCUUUGGCGAAUGGGGUGAUAAAAGGGAAGAUGCGCCUGGCCGAGCAGGGACGUCCGCUCCGAGAGAAGCAUCGCAAACCAGGCCAACGGUAAGCACGAUGCGACCUAGGCCUGUGCUAAAGAGGAGUGCCCCGACUGUAGCCGUUCAGCCUCGGGUGAGGCGACGAAAUGAACAGCUUCAAAAGGAGAAGGAGUCUGAAAAGGCAGUGGAAGAAGAGCCUAUUUCCAUUAGUGAGAACGAAGAGGACAAUGAGGAUGAGAAGUUGCGGGCCGAAGAGGAAGAACGGGCUCGUUGUCGUGCACUUGAAAGGGAGGCGGAGAAAGGGAAGGCCGAAGUAAGCGAGGAGGAGCCACGAAAGAAGAAGAACAUUUAUUCGAUCCCCGUGGAGCAGGGGGUCGAUAUCGAGCAACUCGUCAAUAAGAUUCUGGAAAGUCGGCGCGACUUGGUCACGCUGAAGGAAAUUUUGGCGGUAUCACCGAAAAUUCGAGAAGACUUUAAACAGCGGAUAACUCGUCAGAGAGUCAUGAUUGUUAAACUCGGCGAAGUCAUUCCGUCGGAGGCUAACUGGUCCCCGCCUGGGACGAAGAUGGAUUGGCGAAGUGUGUCAACCGGCCAUAUGAAGGUCCAGAUUGGACAGCAGGAAUAUUCGGCACUUGUGGAUGAUGGAGCCGAGAUGAACAUCAUUCGUGAACGCCAUGCCAUCGAAGCCGGGUUGAAGAUCAAUCAAGAUGAUUACGGGUUUUUGGUGGGAGCUAGCGGAUCAACUCCAUUCUGCGGAACAGCCAGUGACGUUCUCGUCACGAUCGGAAAAGUUAAGGUCCGUUUUUACUUUUAUGUGUUACCUAGAGUGGAACACGAGGUGCUGCUCGGAAGGGCAUUCUUAUGUCGAUCGGAAAGCAUCAUCAUUAACAAGCAUGAUGAAACCAUGUUUGUAAUACUUUGUGAUCCUGUCUGCGGUUAUUACAAAGUGUUCAAGUGUGCAAACACUGGACCCUAUUGCUCGCGGAACCGACUGAACCCGGAAUCCUAUAGCUUUCCGGAGUCAGAAAAGUUGAGAAGGGAGAAGGAAUCGCUAGGGGAGGAGCUGAAUCCUCGUGAGUUCUCGCUGACCCUGCCUGAUAUUGGGCAGGCAAUCGAUUUCGUGUCGACACAUGCGGCGAUCGAUCCGAAUGUGGUGCAAGCCUUGACGGAGAUCAUCACAGACACCGGAAGCGCAGGGACUAUGCGCCUUGUUUACUCCCCGUCGGAAGGGAAUAAGGGAGAAAGUCAGGAAUUGCCCUCCACUCGACAGGGUCUUUUUUUAGAGGACCCAGGCUUGACACCGGCACCAAACGUAAAGGCGGAUCAGGCGGAAGAGUCAGUUUCGGUUGAUGCCUUUCUAAAGGAGGAGGAGUCGCGAUUGAGUAUUAACGCUCUCGCCUACCUGACUGGUGCAGCCACUCGGCAUGGGAAGUCGAUAUGGAAUGCUCCUGCCUUUCACGAGGUACGUUCAGAACUCGUGGUGGAGGAACCUUUCAUCGAAGAGAACCUAUGGGGCGAGCAGACCGCAGAGGAAAUGAUGAGGCUGGCUUUGACCGAUGACAUCGACCUUAUGCUUGAUCCGCUAAUGAUUGAACAGGGUCAUACGCAGGCUGAUGGCGCUUUCCCGACCGUUGGAAGGAUGUCAUGUAUCAUGAACUUGUUGGUUCAUGAGGAUCGCCUGAGGUUAAUGAAUGCGGAGGAAGGAGACUAUGAGGUCAAAGAAGCGUUUAAGGAAAAGCAAUACGAAGGGGAAUAUAAGAAGAUAGGCAUGUGGUUGAAUGGGGAAUUGAAUGAAAACGAGGUUGAUCCGGUUGUGCAGGACACAAGCAAAGGAUUCGUUGUUCGUGACGGUCAUCUCUUUAAGAAGGGUGCUGAUGGUGUCCCAAAGAGGGUGGUAUGCGGAAUCUAACAACAGUUGGAUGUGAUCGCUGCGUUGCAUGAUGGGGUAGCUGACGGACAUAGAUCUACGCGGGUAACUUUGAAUAAGAUCCAACGUCU